AUGUUACAAGCACUGGAUACCGAGUCAAGCCGACCUUCGUAUGUUACUGAGUGUAUUGGCUAUGUUGUAUACUAUGAAUUAUUGGAGGAUGCCGAUCCUAAAUUGAUUCCAGCACUAGCGGAAAACAUGAUUAAUAAGUCCAGUUCAAAAAUAUUAAAAGAAUCAUCUGCAGAGGCUAUCGGUCAUAUUUUUCGUUUAAUGAAAAAUGUGGAGAAUGAUUAUUUAAUAUUAGAAUCCGAUCAUGUAUUAGCUGCUUUAUUAAAUGGGAUCAAUUGGAAAGAUGCAAGUCAACGUGUUCAAAAUACGAUAAUGACAGCUUUAAGUCACUUCCUGACAUAUGUGAAAGAAAAUAUCAAAAGAGACGCUAUAAAGAAUACGCUACUAUUUCAUCAAGAGGAAGAUGAAGUGAUUGAUAUGAAAUAUAUAAAAUAUAAAACUAUCCCUGAACGCGAUGAUGACAUAUUUAUUGAAAAUAAUGGCGUGGAACAUAAAUCCAAUGGAUCAUUAUCAAGAAUAAGCAAUGUUGACUACGUGGUUAAAAAUGCUCUAGGUUACAUGGUGCCAACAUUAUUAGAAUUAAUGGCCAUUCAGGACGAUCUUGAUUGUGAUGAUGACUUCUUACCAUUCGCAACGCUUAUACAGAUAUUAAUGAAAAUGAUACAAGAUGAUAAUGAAAUUAUACGUCAGUGUGUUGUAUGGGCAUUAGGCAAAAUUGCAAGAAAGUCGUUGAAAAUAUUAGAGAGAAAUGUUAUAGAGUCGAUUGUUGAUGUCUUGAUGGAGAAAUUUCAUGGGAGUAUCAAGGUUACAGCAAGUAUUUGCAAGGAUUGCUAUGAUGAUGUCAAAACGGUUGCUACUAUUAUCAAGAAUAAAUUAAGAGUGACUUUACGGGAAGAAAAAAAUGAACAAGAUCAUGUUAAACAAGUUGAGCUGCAAUGCAGACUGUGUGAAGUACUACAGAAAUUUAUACAAAGAGCUCAUAGUGAUGAUAUUGCAAAAUGGAAAGAUGGCCUUAUAACUUUAAUAAUAUCGGUAUUUAAAUCAUCUACUGACGGGAGUGGCAAUCUCCAAAGCAUAACAUUAUCCAAUUUGGCUACACUUGCUGAAAGGAUUAGAGUAGAUCUAUCAGAUUACAUAAAGCAUAUUUACAAGAUGAUACCAUGUCUAAUAAUUGGAUUAAAGGACACUUAUCGCAAUCAAGUAUUUAUUUCAGCGGUUCGCACACUGAAACCUGUCUGCAGGAAAUUAAGAACUAACUUUGUUCCUUAUUGUUUCGAAAUUAUUACUAUCCUACUUAAUAAAAUAACGGAUAUUCCAUUUUGUUCAUGUUUUAAUCAAGACAUAAUAGCAGCUCUUGGAAACAUCGCUGAAAGUAUUGGAAUGUACUUUGAAAGCUAUCUACAACCUGUAUUGGAAGCCGUUGAUCAUGUAGCAGUUAAUACAAAUCCUGGAGAUCUUGGCAUCAAUUCUUGCCAAUUGAGAGAUCUUAGAACGACUUGUUUAGAAACUUAUAAGCGCAUCCUAUCUAUUACCGUGAAUAGAGAUUUAAUUCGUUCCCAUAUUGGCAAUAUAGUCAAGUUGAUCGAUAUUUUGGCAACUUCAGAACAAUUAUCUCGUGAAGAACUCUCUAAUACAGCACAAAUAUUAAGAUACUUAUCGAGUAAGCAUGGAAACUCAACCGUUCAAUCAUUUCUAUCAAGUAAGAUUAUCAAAUGGUUGAAAUCUGGCAUACAAGAUAUUGAUCAUCAAAAGACAGCCUACAUAUGUAGACAAACAUUAGAUCAGCUAAGUCUGUCGAUGUAG